CGAGGAGGGCAGCGACACCGAAAGCCUCGACCUGCAGUACGACCAGCAUUCCGCGCAGCAACCAAUUGGAAGCACAUUUUUCAUGUACAAGCGCAUUUUCAACACUUUGAAAACUUAUCAACAAGCCUUGCGUCCCUCGUGUCAUGGCGAAACCGGCGCCUGGCACUACCAAGAUGAAGUUGCUGCAGAGAAUGCAAGCUCUGGCCUCCGGCCACCGCUCAUUGCGUCCCGGGUCUGACAUCCCGCCCGAUCAUCUGUCUUGGACGAAUGCCAACAUUCACUUCCUGCCUGAGCCUCAAAGUUGUUCCACGGAGGCGGACUGGGGCCAUGACAUGAUUUGGCAUCCAGGAGUCAUCCAGCCGGCGAUCCAAAAGGGUGAGUGGAUCAUGGCGGUCGCUGUCCCGGACGGAGGAUGGAUGGCACUCCCUCACGGGUCGAAGUCUGACUUCCUCGACGUCGCUAGAAUUCGGGUCCUCCAAAAAGUGAGGGCCGGGAAUGGCUCUUUUGCACCCGAAGACGUGUCCGUUAUUUCCAUAGCCAGGCGAUUGUUCGCUGAGCUUCAUGACAAGUGCUGGUUGGAGCUGACGGAGGACUACUAUGACCUCGACAUGAGCCCCUCGAAAGGAAGGGUGGACUGGAAAUUCCCCCCUCCCAGUCGGACGCAUGUAGGUACAAGGUCCCGGGGACCGGACGGUGGGGAGAACGAGGGCGACGAGGCCGGGGGCGGCAAACGAGUCCCGGGGCGACAACAAGAGGGCGACGAGGAUGAGGGCGGGUCUCAGGGCGACACCACGACAGCGGAAGGCAGCGGCGGGGUGGCAGGGGAGGCCCUCGGGCGUCAGCAGUCUACCGGUCCCGGCCCGGAAUGCUCGGCACAGUCAGGGGACGUACCCAGUUCAUCCGCCUGCUCCGUGAUGGCGGCCUUGGUUGCUCUCCGUGCCGGCUCGGUCGAAACGUUCAAGUCCGCCGAGAUCCGAACUUCAAUGCUUGCAGAGCGGACAGAGAGGACGGACGCGCAGAGCUGGUCAGGACCGGGGGUGGCGAGUCGUCAUCCCAAAAUAGACAGCGGUGCGGUGAGGGACGGGACUUCGCCGCGUGCGGGGGAUCGCCAACCGCUUCGGUCGGAGCGAGAGGGUGCGUGUGGAGGGCCCGGCGACAGGGAGACGGCGAAGUUCGCCGGGAUCCGAACUUCUCCAGGCAAGGCGUGUGGAGGGCCCGGCGACAGGGAGACGGCGAAGUUCGCCAGGAUCCGAACUUCUUCAUGCAAGGUGUGUGGAGGGCCCAGCGACAGGGACUCGGCAAAGUUCGCCGGGAUCCGAACAUCUUCAGGCAAGGGGGGCCAACCAGGGAUAUUGGUGCAGGCGGGAGGGGCUGCGUGCGGCGGGCGAGAAGCGCAUUCAUCGGAAAUCGACACGGGUUCAGGCGAAGUGGCUGCAUUGCAUGCAGUGGAAGAAGGCAGGGUGAUGGACAAAGAGAAGGAAGUGGAGGAAGGAGACACAGGGGAGGAAUUGGAGGAAGGAUUGGAUGAAGGGGAGGAAGAAGAGGAUGAAGGAGAGGAAGGGGAAGAAACGGAGUUGGCUGGGUUGCUAGGAGGGCAGGAGGGGGAAAAAGGUGAACUCGAUACAGGAGACGACGAACGGACUUUCGGCGACGACGAUGACUGAUCUGGGGAGUCUUCUGACGGAUUCG